UCCUUCCUUCGGAGGAAGGUGGACCCAUAUUAAUGUCGGACCAACAUGGCGGCAAAAUAUAAGCAAAACAAGUGAAAGGAAACGCAUGUGUAAACCAGCUAUUUAUUGCAAUUUUUAUGUGAGAAUAGUCGAGCACUUUCGCUGUCCGUGACAACAUAAUCUCUACUGUAGGUGCAGGUCAAGACACUCUGACAACGGACGGACAGCUAAUAGUUAGCUAGCUGUAUGGUAACUGUAAGCUAACCGUAGCUGUCAAUUAAGAGCGAUUUGAAACAAGGUAGGAAGUUUGUAAAAAUAAAAUAAAAAAUAACAAAAAUGUGGGGUGAAAUCGAACCUCCCGUUAAAACACAACCGAGUUUGUGUGAACGUGAAAGCGAGGAUGACGUUAAAUUGCCAGAGCCGAUGCUGCUGCCACGGAGAUGUGACGUGACGUUCCCACCCGCAGACCCCCCGCAGCCUCGGCCGGACGCCCAGGUAACAUCACCAGCAUCUUGCGUGAGCGCGGCAGAGUCCGUCUGUGUAAAUGACAUGGUGGAGGCCAUAGUCAAGAGUGGGAGUCCGGUGAAGAGCCAGCAGAUCGGAGAGGCUGAGCUGAGCCCGAAGGAGCGCAGAGAGGAGCUGCUGCAGCAGUACAGGAGCAGGCCGCUGGUGUUCCUGGAGAGGUACCAUGCCCUACUCAAGCCUCAGAACCUGUCAGCGUUCGCCCACGUCUGCUCAGAUCCACGGGUUCAGCACUACAGCAAAGUGAUACAGAGACGAGCUGCAGCGUGCACCAACAGGACCCGGGUUCGAAACCAGCGUUAUGCCGCCCUGAGGGCCCUGCAGAGGGAGGGGCAGUAUUUCAGUGAGGAACAGAUGCGGAUGAGGGAGCCGCUGCUGUAUGAACAAUAUAUCGGCCAGUACCUGACUGAUGAGGAGGUGCUGGAACGCUCCCAGGGGGCCAUGCAGGGCGAUGCACAGGCGGAACCUGGGGGAGCUGCAGGAGGACUCGCCCACCUCCUCCUCAACUCCUACCAGGAGCAUCUCAUCCAGAAUCGCCUGCAGGAGGAGCAGGAGAGAGAGGAGGGAGCACAGGAGGAGGAGGAGGAUGAAGAAGAAGAUGAUGAUGACACCGUUCAGCAGGAGGAAGGGGAGCCCUCCCGAGAGGAGAAGGCUCUGCUCAGGGAGGAGUUCAUCAGUCAGAUGCACCAGCGCUUCCUCGAUGGCAAAGACAAGGAUUUCAACUACAGGUCUGCCACGCCACCACCAGACAGACUCUCAAAGGCCGCAAUUGUGUUCCUUAGAAAUUUAACAGCAAACUCGUCAGUGAGGUGGAUGAGAACCCAGACUACGACAACUUGGACAUAGUCAGCAGAGACGCGGAGGAUAAAUACUUUGAUGAAGACGAUGACGAAGAGGAGGAAGACGAGGUGGAAAAUGAUGAGGAGGAAGAAAAUAUGACAGAAUAAUCAAGUUUUCGUUUCCUUUCUGAACUGUAAAUUCAAAUGUACAGAACAAUGGUAUGUAUUUUAUUUUUCAAUGUUACAUUUGAAUGCAACUGUAGCUCAAAAUAAAUAGUUUUUUGGUCUUUUGCACUUUGCAUUA